AUGGCACGUCUCAACACGCACCUUUCCGCCACACCGCAGCAGACGCGAUCAUCUACCGUCGAUUCUCUCUACCGCGACCCCUCUGUCGCGCCUAGACACGCCAGCAAUGCGCGCGGUUCUACCUAUUCGGCGAUGAGCCCCUCACAGUCGUCAGACAAGGAAAACACGGUUUCCGAUCCACGCGAAAACACGCCGCAGCCGGCCAAGAGGAGGGGCCUGAGCAACGCGUCGGGAAGGAUACCCACGCCAGACACUGGCUCAACUGCUGGCAGCGCAAGCAACAAACGCAGAAGGACCGAUGACUACAGCAUGAGCGAAGCGUCUCGGAUUUACGAGGACGAAGACCAAGACGCGGAAGAGGAUGCCGAGCAGGAAGCGCGGGCAGUCCAGGACACAACUCAACCUGAAGAGGAAGAGGAUGUCCAAAGCCAGCUGUACAACCCCAACCAAGAUCCCGAGAAGCGCCGUCAAGUUCGCUACCAGCUGCGCGAUAACCACCGUCAGCUUGAGGAAAACCGUGACGAACUGAUCAAAUCGAACAACUGCGGACUGUAUGACCUGAUCGUCAGAAACAACACCACUUUCGGGAAAGUGCGGCAAACAGCGGAUGCGACGGUCGACUCGAGGUUCUUGGUCUCUGCGACUGACCUUGCCAGUAAGAAGCUCCAAAACAGUCUACAUGAGAGCGGUGGCGCCGGCAUCGACCUGGAUCAGUUUGUGUCCAAGUGCAUAUAUUUCAUGAAGUCUGGAGGAUAUAGGCACGGCGAAGAAGACGCACCAGCGAUAGCGGUCGCGGACGACGAAGAAGAGGACACCGGUGACGGUCUGGACUGGGCUCUCUUUGGACGAAAAGCUUGCUUUCCAAGCAACAAGCGACCGCCCGUAUCGAGCUUUCUCCUCGGACCUCUCUCGGUACAGAAACGCAUCAAAACCACACAGCGGCGAGCCACACAAAAGCGAGCGCCUGUUGGGCCUGCUACACGACCGCAGGAGGUUAGGGAGGGUGAUAUCACACAGUCUGAGAAUUCCAACUUGACACACCUGGUCAAAGGCAUCAAGUCGAAGUUGGAAGAGCACAUGAACGCUGGGAUGGCUGGCGUUGAAAGCGAAAUGGACCAGCUUUCAGAACAGGAAGAGUGGACGGAAGAGGAUCAGAACGCAGCGUGCGACCGAUUUCGACUUGCCAUGACUACAGAUGGAGAGGCUGCAGUCAGCCUAUUUGACUUCGCAAUUAACCCGCACGACUUUGGACAAAGUAUUGAAAACCUGUUCUACAUCAGUUUUCUGGUGCGAGAAGGGAAUGCACAAAUUGUCAAGGAUCAGGACGGCCUACCCCUGCUUCUGCCUGCUGCACCGCGUGGUAUAUCAGAACAACGAGGUCAAGGUGCACAGAAACACCAAGCUGUUUUCAGUAUCGACUAUUCCACCUGGCAAAUGUUCAUCCAAGCAUACAACAUCACAGAGCCCCUUAUACCGCACCGAGUGCAAGAGGAAGAGAACGGUGGUGCACGGUGGUAUUGA